AGUUGUUGGAGAUGCAAGGGCAGCUACGCGCAUUGCAGAAGGAUAUGGCUACUAUAGUAGCAUUUGUCGGUUCAUUAAAGGAAAGUGAGGGAGCAGAUAAGCUGAAGGAUGAUGGGCUGAGUUUCACUCGGAAGAAGGCUCAACAGAAGGGCAAAUACAACAAAGGAUGGAACGUUUGGCGCCGGGCUAAAUCACAAGAACAUUUUGGGGCUUGGCCGUCUGAUGUUAAGGCCCAUGGUAUCGGACCACAGCCUAAGGCCCAUUCAGGCGGGUCGUUAUCCAGGACCCAAUUAAACGGGUCUGGAUCCGGGCCAACAGAACUCGCGAAACCGAGUUCUAGCCCGAUACAUUCCAUCGAACUUCACGGGCUCGGGUUCGUGCCGGACAGCAUACAGACGGCGCCGAUAGAGGUAGUGGGGGUCGCCGGUGUGGUCUUGCCGGAGUCUUGUGCUCAAAAUCCCCUGUUAGGAGUAGAAGCUAAGGUUCCUUCGGCUCUGGAGAAUCAGAGCUCGCGGAUGAGGGAGGCUGGGGUGUCUCUGAUUCCAGCGGCAGGGUCGGGGAGACUAGUAGAGGACCUCGAGUUGGCUGAGGUUGAAGAAGACUCGGAUGACUUCAUGCAUUCUGUGGAAGAUGAACUUUUCAUCACAUGUGGUUCGGAGGAUUUUUCUAUGGGAAGUGAAUUUCAGAACCAGAAUAAUAAGAUGGGGAAUCCAACCCCAUUAAAUUAUUAUUUUCCAGAUCAAGCAUCAGAUUGGGUUAUACAUAAAGCUAAAGAAAUUCAACAUGUUGUGGGAGUUGAGUGUGUUGGGUAUGAGGAGCAGUUUAUAGCCUUGUUAACUGCUAUGUAAGCUGGCCAUCAUCAAGAAAAGAGGGGGAGCACAAAGAAGAGUCGGGAAUUAAAAAGAUUAAUGUAGU